GACGUCAGAUCUUCAGCUUCGUUGCUGUCUUGUUUUCCACGACUUCCCUCUCUGUUGAGUGACUCUACUCUUGUUGCGUUUUCGUUUGUGCUGUUGCUUGUCUACGUCAGAUAGUGCUAUUUGCCUGUCUUUCCUUUUCGCUACCAGGCCGAAAUGGCUCCAAAGGCAGGUGAGGAGCAGAAGGCUGGCAAAUCGAAGGCCGAAAAGAAGCCCGUGGUGAAGAAGGCGGAGAAGAAGAUUAAGGCCGACACCAAGGGCGAUGCGAAGAAGAAGAAGUCUAAGAAGAGUGUCGAGACCUACAAGAUUUACAUCUACAAGGUCUUGAAGCAGGUGCACCCUGAUACCGGUAUUUCAUCGAAGGCGAUGGGUAUUAUGAACUCAUUUAUUAAUGAUAUUUUCGAGAAGCUGGCCCAAGAGGCUGCUCGUCUGGCACGGUACAAUAAGAAGCCAACGAUCACUUCUCGCGAGAUCCAAACUGCUGUGAGGUUAAUAUUGCCAGGGGAAUUGGCGAAGCACGCCGUGUCAGAAGGUACAAAGGCGGUGACUAAGUUUACUAGCGCAUAAGGUGUUUCUGGUCUGAAUCCCUUCAAUAUAAUUUGGUGUUUAUUAACACCAUCAUCUGUGAUAAUUUAUGCUCUUGCAACCUGAACUAGUCGUGAUCUGAAGGAUGUGAUCAAACCAUACAGCUGGACUAGUUCUGGAAACUUCGCAUGUGAUUUGGUAUGAACACUAGUCCUAUCUUUGAUGAGGUAGUACCAACAGCAUGGGAGAGACACGUGGUAGAAACUUUUUGGAUGAUAGAAACGCCUCGAUUCCAGCAACAAAUCGCCUCGCUUCUCUCUUAGAGGUAACGAGACGGCGGACUUGUUGUCUAGAAAAUCUUGCAUGGAAUAAUUAUUCCGCUAUUUCUAAGAUUGGGUGCUAGCAUUCUGCAUGAACUGUAAGCCGUUUCUAUAAAGAAAAUACACUCACUAAUUGGGUCGGCGGUAAAUUUCAGUAGCCCGCUAGCCUCGUCUCCGCAUCACACGCUAGUCGGUACUGCAGAUUAACAGGAGGCCAUGUUGGCACGUAAUAGUUGUGGGUCUCAGCUCACUUGCGCACGUCCUGAAAGUAGUGCCCGCCCGGAUGAUAAGUUCAUCUCACUGAAAUGAGUUUGUAAUCAACUUUGUCUCUGCGAGCCCUGCUUGAAUAUCAGAGCUGAUGGCAUGUGUCCCAACAGCAAGCCAGUGAAAUCAGGACACAGUCCUUUGGGGAA